UCAGGAGUUCUGGAGUUUAAUGUUAGACACCCAGUCUGAUACCAUCUCUAUAGUGUGUGCCUUCAUCCCCCAAUGCCCUCAUUAACCAGCAUGGAGCCCUACACCUGCAUCCCCCCAACACACAUACACACACCUAAUACUCUCACAUGCAAUGUUUGCUACGUAUUCUCAGGUAAAAUGAAAAAACACCUGCACAACUUGAACAUUGAUUGAUACAUCACUGCCAUCUUGUGGCAUUGAUACGUUUUGAAUGUAAUUGUUUUUCCAGAAGCGGUGACAGAAAAAAACGUGUUUUGGGGUUGCUUUAUUAGUAGCCUGGUGUAGAAAAGGGUAAAUAGGCCAUUUGCAGUGCAGUGUCAAACAGUAUGUAUGUCAUACUCAACAGCAGAAUGUGCUUAAUAGAAUGUGAAGGGCCACUUCGAUUUUAUUUCAAAUAUUUCCUCUGAUUGUGUUGUGUAGGCCUGGCUUCAUGAAUUUGACAUGACAAUAUCCUGAGAUUAUGUCACAAAAUUGUGCCAUCUGUGCUGAGUAGGUUAGAGGUUGCCCCUAACCACUGAUACAAAGUCAGAUGUUUUCUAAUCACCUCAAUGAUAACGUUUAGAGUUUGGGUAGAAUAAUCUGAUCCUAGAUCUGAUGUUAGGAGAGCCUCUACCUUGAGCCAGGCAACGACACUUGACGCUACCCUACCGAGGACAUGCUCGAGCCAACACCACGCGACAAGAGUAGAUACAAGAUGGCGACCGUUUUAGUACCAGAGGAAUAAGUGCCGUGAAGGAUAGAUAAAGCCAUGCCGUGGGACCGCCCAGUUUCUGAGCUCGCCAUGGUGAUCUGAAGCCCCAGUGUGGACGUGUCACAUCCACACUCGCCUACCCACAGACACACACACGGACUGAGCCCCCCAGCAAGUGUGUGCGAUGGACAGGUGUAAGCACGUGGGGCGGCUCAGGCUGGCCCCAGACCACUCCAUCCUCAACCCCCAGAAGUGGCACUGCGUGGACUGCAACACCACAGAGUCGGUGUGGGCCUGCCUGGGCUGUGCCCAUGUUGCGUGCGGCCGCUACAUCGAGGAGCAUGCCCUGCAGCACUUCCUGCAGCAUCACCACCCGUUGGCCAUAGAGGUCAACGAGCUCUAUGUCUUCUGCUACCUAUGUGACGACUACGUGCUCAACGACAACGCGACGGGAGACCUCAAGCUGCUGCGCUCCACGCUCAGCGCCAUCCAGAGCCAGCGCUACGAGGUCACCACCCGCUCAGGACGCAUCUUGAGAUCGGCUAGCGCUCCGCCCGACGCCCCCCAGCCCUGCGGCUCCAGCGAACUGCAGCUGAGGGACGAGGACCGCAUGUUCACGGCGCUCUGGCACCGCCGCCGGGCACUGAUGGGUCGAGUGUUCCACACCUGGUUCAGCCUGACGGAAGGGGGGAAGAGGAGGGAGGAGGAGGAGAGGCAGAGAGAGGAGGAGGAGAGGAGGAGGAAGGAGUUGAGAGAGAGGAGGAAGACGUUGAAGAGGCAGCUACAGGAAGCGUUGGAGAGUGCCCCACCCAGGAAGAGUCACCGCCUGAGGAGAGCCAGCCAGAGAGCUGCUGCUGCCGCUGCUGUCACCCCCUGCUCCACACGAACACGCACCCACAGCACCACUUACACACCCCAGACCCCCCUCGCCCCACAACCAAGAACCCAGAGCCCUGCCACUCACACCCCCAAGAGAAUGGGCCGCCCCUCUAAAACCCCUGCGCCCAAACCCUCUCGCUACUCAACCCCCUCUUCUUCCACCAAAGGCAAACCCAGAGCCGCCUCUGCCCAAGCCCGGACUGCCCCCUCCCUGGCCCCCCGCCGUGCCCCCCCCAAACAGGGCGACUCGCCCCUCAAACGGCGGCCCACUGUCACUCCGGGUGUCACGGGUCUGCGUAACCUAGGCAACACGUGCUACAUGAACUCCAUCCUGCAGGUGCUGAGCCACCUUCACAUCUUCAGGGAGUGUUUCCUCCGGCUGGACCUGACGCAGGCCCUGGAGCUGCUGGCUUCGGCCGUUCACGGCCAGCUGGUGGUUCCCAGCCCCGGGGGCCCUGUGUCGUCCUUCCCGCUGGCUCAGAGGAGAGGCCCCCAGGUGGGUGCUGGGCUAAGCGGGGGUGCCUCCAGGGCCCAGAGCAUGGAGCUGAUUCAGCCCAAGGAGCCCAGCUCCAAGCACAUCUCCCUGUGCCACGAGCUGCACACACUCUUCCAGGUGAUGUGGUCGGGCAAGUGGGCGCUGGUGUCGCCCUUUGCCAUGCUGCACUCAGUGUGGCAGCUGAUCCCAGCCUUCCGGGGCUAUGCCCAGCAGGAUGCCCAGGAGUUCCUGUGUGAGCUGCUUGACAAGGUGCAGCACGAGCUGGAGAGCACAGGGACUCACACGCCGCCCGCUGGUGUGUCAACCGGACAGAGACAUCUCAUCAAGCAGGUGCUCAGCAUAGUCAACACCAUCUUCCACGGUCAGCUCCUCAGCCAGGUGACGUGUCUAGCAUGUGACCACCGCUCCAACACGGUGGAACCCUUCUGGGACCUAUCGCUGGAGUUCCCCGAGCGUUACCACAGCAACAGCCGAGAGAGCGCAGCGCAGGUCUCGUGCCAGCUGACGGAGAUGCUGGCCAAGUUCACGGAGACCGAAGCCCUGGAGGGCAACAUCUACGCCUGCGACCAGUGCAACAGUAAGCGGCGGAGGUUCUCCUCCAAGCCUGUCAUCCUGACUGAAGCUCAGAAACAGCUGAUGGUUCACAAACUGCCUCAGGUCCUGCGCCUGCACCUCAAACGCUUUAGGUGGUCUGGAAGAAACCACAGGGAGAAGAUCGGGGUCCACGUCAGCUUUGACCAGCUCCUCAACAUGGAGCCAUACUGCUGCAGAGACCCCUCCCCCAAGGGCUCGCCAUACUCCAGUCCGGCCCCCGCCGGCUCCCCGACCCCCAAACACUUCCUGUACGAACUGUCCGCUGUGGUGAUGCAUCAUGGGAAGGGCUUUGGUUCUGGCCACUACACUGCCUACUGCUACAACAAAGAAGGAAGGUUCUGGGUCCACUGUAAUGACUCUAAGCUGAAUGUGUGUUCUGUAGAGGAGGUGUGUGGUGCCCAGGCCUACAUACUCUUCUACACGCAGCGCUUCACUCAGGACAAAGACAGGCCGCUAUAGGACCAGGACCCACUGAGCCCGCCCCAAACCCUCCUCCUUUGUACCUCAGCAGUCCAGUGAUGUGACAUCAUCAGCAUUACCACCACCACCAAAACAUCUCAACCCCCCCCCCCCUCUCUCUUCCUUUGUGUUCAUUUUAUCUCCUCUGGGGGGGAGGAAUGAUAAUUUUAUCAUUUAUUUUUCUAAAAGACACAAAGGACAGUCUUUUAAAAUUUUAUUUUUGUCUUUGUGAAUCUCUUGUACAUGUUGUUUAUAUGGGUUUUUAAAGAAAAGGAAAACAUGUUUGAUAGUGUACAGGUUUAUUUUAUCAAGAGUAUCAGCCAAGUUGUGCGUUGUAUUAUAGACACGCCUUUACAGGAGUAGAGACAGACUUUGGCCAGGUGUGACUGUGUAAUCUGUAGUUCAGAUUUAUUCAGGUGUCAACCUUCUGCUCUUCUGUGCUCUGUAUGUUUUUCUUUUUCUCAAACGAUUUGAAUCAACUACGUUUCUCACAGCCACUUUAGGCAGUUGACUAAGGGAUGUCACAGUCAGUCAAAUUCUCAACUGGAAUGUAGACUGAAACAGAUAAUUCCCUCCAUAAGUAGUCUUUAGAGUUUAAUCCCUUUAGUUUCGCCAGGGGAAGCGAGAUACCUCCCUCGCUCUUUUUUUCUGAUUCAUAUAGUCAAUGAACUAAGCAGACCAGACCCAGCUGCUAAUGCAUUGGUGCCUAUGGGAGAGCCACCACUUCAGUGGACCGGAACGGUGAUAUUUAAAAAAAGAAAAGAUAAACAGCCUGAGUGGGACAUCUUAAUUUAUCCACCAUCUUUGGUAUCGCUCUCUGUAGUAAGUCCGGUCGGUCAGGAAAUGGUUCAUAAUUGACUACUGACCUCACGCCAAAGCAUCUCAGCUUCCCCAAAAACAAUUACAGAACAUUUGCAAGAUAUAUUCUUUGAUUGGUUUUGGAAAAUCUAUUUUAUAACCAGUUUCCAGCUGAAUGCUGCCCUCUGUCUUCAGUGGUGCUGGUGUUUUUAGGCCUGUUGCCGCCUAACUUUUGGUUGGUAUCCCGACAGCAGUCAUAAUUGUCAUAGAAAAGUGCCCUUCGUUAUCAGAACAUAUCUAUUUUUGUAGUUCCUUUGCCAGAAGUGCAUUUGGUAUCAGUUCUUUGUAGCAGUCCUACCCAGGCCAGCAUUUAGAAUAUUGAUUGUAUUUUUGUAUACUCUGAUAUCGAGGAUGUUUCACAAAAGUUAUGUUUAAAAACAGGGCCACUGACUGUUAGAGCUUUUGUAAUUGAUUCCUUCCCCCUCUAGUUGUUUGGAAUCACCAGCAGGUCUGACCUGUGUGUGUAUACCAGCAUGUGUUCACACAAUAUAGUUGGCUCUGUAUAAUGUAAGUAUAAAAUAGCCAGACUGGUGCAAGUAGAUCCUUGCUGUGUGUUUGAAACUGUGUGUGUGAGAGAUAUCUCUAUGCUGGUACUAGCUUAACUGCUCUCAACCUAAAUGCUGUUCAUCUCUAGAUUCACCUUUUGGGGAGAAUUCAAAGCACAUUUCCACCCGAUGUAUGUUGGCAUUGUGCUCAUACUGCCUCGGGUGUGUACACAUUUAUGAAAGUGAUACUAUGCAAAUUCUUACCUCAAUUUUUAGAGAAUUACCUCAUGAGAAUAUAUUUUCAUUUUUCUAAGAAAA